UUACAUCUUCAGUGAAGAUAAAAUCUCAACAGCCAAUCGGGGCAUACUUGAAAAAAUUUAUUUCCGUGUCGUCUGCGUGCUAAACAUUCUAAACGUGUUAUCCGGGCCAUGGGGUUACCGAUAUAAUUUCUGGCGGCAUUUCGAAUUUUUUUUUAGUGCAAACAACUAAAUUUACAUUGAAGUAAAGAAAAAUGAAAUGUCUUUUGGAUGCAACCAGUGUUAAGGUUUUGGCGCGAGCCAUACACUCAUUGGCUAAGAUAGGUGAUGAAUUGCACAUUUCACCAAUGGAAAAUGGAUUAACUCUGAAGACCGUCAAUGCUUCCAAAUCUGCCUAUUCAGCUUUCAAUUUUCACCUACCUUUUUUUCUUGACUACACGCACAUAAGUGAAAAUACUGUUCACGCUGAUCCAGAAGAAGAUACUGUGAUUAAAUGUAAACUUCCCAUGAAGUCCAUCUUGUCUGUAUUUAGGUCGAUCGGAAGUUUGGAAAAAUCAGUUGAAACAUGUAAGAUAAUGCUACCACUUCUUGAGGCUCUGUUAAUCAUUGAGUUCAGGUGCAAACAUGGAAUUGUUAAGUACUUCAACUUAAGAUACUUUGAAUGUGAAAGUGUUGAAGCAGAAUUCUCUAAGGAGGGUUACCCCAGCAAAUUUUCCUGCUCUUCACGUUUUUACAAUGAAACUCUUCAAAGUUUUCAUUCAAGCACUCAAGAAGUUACUUGGUCCCUUGCAAUGGAUCAAGUACAUUUGAGUAACCAUAUUGAUGAUGAAAUAGACCCAUCCAAAUGUGUUCGUACGGAAGUCACGUUGGUCAAGGAUGAAUUCAUUGAAUUUAACGUCGCUCUGUGUACUCAAGUUACAUUUUGCUUGAAGGAACUACGAGCUAUUUUAGCCUUCGCAGAAGCCCUGAAACUCGAUCUUGAUUGUCGAAUGGAAGGCGCCGGACAACCUGUUUUGUUCAGUCUACAAAAGGAUGACUUGUAUUCAGCAGAUUUUCUCCUUGCAACUCUAACGCCUGCUCUGGACACUUCGGCAUCCAUUAGUUCGCGAACUGCCAAACACGAAAUGUCAGUACAAGGCAAUACUUCCAACCAUCCGUCUCCUGUCCCUACCCUGAGGAAUAAAACAGGUAACAAAACAGAUUCCAGGACCAUUUCGCGUGCCAAUUUGGUCGAUUCUAGGAACGGUUCUCGUGCAAGCACGACACACACACGUUUACACACACCUUUGAUACGACAAAUGCCUGUUAACGAUACCCCGGAUCAUACCCCACGUCUUAACAGUCUAUCUCUUAUCGAGCCUCAUCCGUUUCCUGAUAUGGAAGUUGAUUUGGAACCAGAAAUUCAACCACCUCCUAAUAAGAGGGCUCGGGCUCGCUACAUAUUUCAGAAUUGUCUCAAGUUAACACAAGAAUACAGAGAGCGACCAACUGAAGUCUUUGCUCCGGAUUCAGAGGAAGAUGAAUAGCAAGAGACGAAAUAACCCUUUCCCGGCUUUCCCCUCAUCCAACGAUUUUGUACAUUUUUCUCUUCGCCGAGUUAACUCAGUAUUGUUUUGUGUCAGAAUUUUGUAACGGUACAUCACUGUAUCCUAUAUAAUGAUCACAAAAGUUAAAGUGCCAUUAAAUGUUGAUCAGUCCAUUUUUUA